UGGAGGAUUUCCCGCUAAUCCUACCCUAAUCUUUUGGCGCCAAAAGGUUCCCUUUCUUAUAUGUAGAGGUGUGCCGUGUGCGUAUAUCAUGGCUUUUUAGGGUUUCAUUUGAUAAAACCCUGACCUGACGACUUGUUUUUCAUUUAGACCGAUUCGAUUCAGUGUUUCUCCGGUGGUAUUUAAGCAAAAUGAUGAUUACAAGGCAAUCGGAUUCUGGCGGUGAAGGGAACAAUAUCACUGUCAUUGGAAAAUGGAAUCUGUGCAAGAGAGAAUGUUUGAUGAAUCGUUGCAAUUGUAAGGUUGACAGGAUUUCUCAACUGCCGGAACCAAUCAUUCACCACAUCCUUUCUUUCCUCCACACAGAAGAUGCAGUUUGUACGAGUAUACUGUCAAAGCGGUGGCGUGGCAUGUGGUGCACCUUCCCUGUUUUUGAUUUUCAGUUAGAUGAGUAUUCAUACUUAGCUAAGCACGGUAUCAAAGAUUGUGAAGCUGAGGCAUCAAAAGAUGAGUUUCUGAGUUUUGUAGAGGAAUCUCUGAAUCGAAGGCUUCUGCACAAGUUCAGUAUUCAUAAAUUUCGGAUGUCAAUGAGCUUCUCAAAUUUGGAACAUUUGACCCCUUGGAUGGACCGCUGGCUUGCCAUCAUUAUUGGGAGGAAUGUGAAAGAGUUGGAACUAGAAGUCCCCCGUCAUGAGACUAAUGGACUUUACAGUGUGCCUCCGUUUGUACUUGGUGCUAAAUCUAUAACAGUGCUAAAGUUGUCGAGAUGUGAUUUACAUCUUACCUUAGCUGCUGGUAUCAGCAAAUUUUCUCAAUUGCGAGAGUUGCAUCUCGGAAAAAUGCACAUCAAUCAAUGGAUGAUCCAAACUUUCACCUCUUCUUGUCCUUUGAUAGAGAUUUUGGAAUUGAGUCUCUGCAUUGGGCUGGAUUGUCUUUGCCUGCCUUCAAGCCUACUUCAACUCAAUAAGGUUGUGCUGAGAAAUUGCCAUUGGCUUAAAACUGUGCAGAUAGAGGUGCCUAAUCUCGUUGAUUACAUUUUUCAAAAAUCAUCUGAUAUUGCAUGGAAGAUCAGCAUGUUUGCUUGCGGCAAGUCUCGUGAUUACUUUUUUAAAAAUUCAUCUGAUAUUACAAGCAAGAUCAACAUGGUUGCUUGCGGCAAGUCUCUUAGGAAGUUAUCACUACUCAUCGAUACAUUGACAGAGGAGGAAUUCCAAAGUCUAAUGUCUGUCACUCCUAAUGUCGAGUUUAUGGAGUUAAGCUACCUUAAACGAUUCUCAAGACUCAAGAUUUCAAGUCAAAAGCUAAAGCGACUAGUUCUGAAAGACUGCAAGAAGUCGUUGGUUACUGAAAUUGACACUCCAAACCUAGUGUCGGUUGAACAUACUUGCUAUCGAAGGUACCUGUGCAUCAAUUACAUCAACACCUCACAUCUCCGGGAAGUUUACUUGGAAUCCGAACUUGCAAGUCAUCACAUUGGUUGGUUCACUAAACUGAAGGACUUUCUCACAAGCUUCCCUUACUCUGAAAAUUUCAGAGCGGUAGUUGUCUGCUCCAAGAAUGUCAGUAUUCAUGAUAAGUUAAGAGAAUUCUUUCUUCCGCCACUCUAUAACCUCAAGGAUCUGAAUCCUCAAAUUAUUAUUUCUUCAAGGGCUUUUACAGAAGUAUUAAAUCGUAUAUUUUACGCAUGCCACCAUGAUACUUUAUCUCUUAUAUCAAUGUGCUCAUGCAGCAAAGAUCUCGAGGUAUUUCUUAAUAUUGCAAAUAUUUUGCUAAAUCUGAUAAAUUUGUGCACUAUACUUGUUUAUUCAUUCAAUUUACAGUUGUUAUAUCACACAAUAGUGGAGCAAGAAGAAAACAGUGAACGUUAUGGAGGUAGAAGAAGAAACUGGAGGCACUUUCUUGGUGGAUUUGAGAUCGAGAAUCUUGAAGGCACCAAAGAGAAGAGGACAUCCCCGUGGAGAGAUUUCUUAAAGUCAUAUUCAAGUGUUCCAUACCAGGUGGUUGCACUUAGGUUAGAAUGGAAAUGCUUGAACAUUGAGUGGAAAGUUUCACGUGUGAUGUUUUAGUUUUCAAUUUGUACCAAAAAAUAAUUUAUCUGAGUGACAAUUCCAGUUUGAAUAA